UUGUUUUUUAUAUUUUUAGUAAAUAACGCGAAGAAAAAAAAUCGAAAACAGACUUUAUUUGCACGUCAGUCUAGUUUUAUGAACAAAACAGGGGUUAAUGGAUGAACAGUUGAUUAUUUUAAAAAACUUCCCAUUUCUUGUUCCUCAGAAUGGCCAGUUUACGGUGUACGAAGGUUACAUUUCCGCUGGAAAUGAGGAAUUUAUGGUGUCUUUAAGUGUUCCGAAGUAUCCAUCACUGGAGAACUUGAGUAUUAACCUUCCGUGGAAAGUAGAAGUUUGUUUGAACAAUAAUAAACGAGACGUAGAUAAGUGGAAAGGAAACUGCACAACUUUACUUACAUUUUUAGAAUGCUUGAAAUCAGAAGUUGAGGAAAGCAUGAAAUCAAAUUUUGCCAAACAGUUAUUCAGGUCAGGUGAUCGAAUGCCAGUAGAGUUUUAUGAAAAACUGAUAAACUCUCUCAGUUGCAUCAAUGAAAAGAAUAUUCGCAGUAUCUCCACCAAUAUGGAUAAAAUAGAGCUGACUACUCGUGACGUCACCCGCAAUUGCCACGAACAUGUUUUAGUGAUUCAGUACAACAUCGCUGAACCCAAUUCUCCCCCUUGUGUCCAUGCAGAGCUCCCUGCGAGUGAAAUGAGGAAACUCGAAACUGGUAAAGAUAAAGAUGUGAUUACCAUUUUUGACACUUUUAAAGACACAGUGCGUGCAUUGAGUGAUUUCUGGGAUGUUAUGGAUGAAAUUGAUAAAAAAUGUUGGGUUAUACUUCCGGAGGAGCCCAAAUUAUCCGAUACUUUUAGGAGAAUUGCUUUGGGGCAGCAUGUGAGUUUGGAGGUGUCCUUGGACCCUUCUUGUGUACAGAAAGUGCCAGAUCUCAACUUCUUUGGUCCAGAACAAGUGGUUGAACAAUUGGUGGACACAAUGCAGAGGAACAUUCCUCUCUGGCCCGAGGGACAGUCGUUCGUGGACAGCCUACAGUUUCUACUGGGCGGAGAUGUGUUCCCUUCCAACCCCGAGAAGGAGGCCCAGAGUGGCGAUGGUGCAAUGGACAUGGAGUGCAUGAUAUGCUGUAGUGUGCUGCUGGGCGUGGAAACUCCUACAGAGGUGUGUGGGAACAAUUGUGGGGCAGUGUACCACACAGCGUGCAUCUCCCAGUGGCUGAUGGCCAUUGCAUCCUGCAAUGACUCUGCCAUGAGUGUCAAAGGGAAAUGCCCUAGCUGCAAUGUUGGCAUUGUGAAAAUCAGUAAUGUAAAAUAACUGUUGUCUACUUUCAUUUGAAUACUUACUGAGGAAAAAAAAUUACUGAUUUCAA